CUGAAAAUCACCAAUAUGUUGCUGAUGCUAAUUGAUUUGAUAGAGUUAUCGAGUCUGAGGUCAACAAGAAAAAUAUAAUGCCAGCAUCUUAUGCGGGCAAACUUUGUUGCAUGGCUGAAAACUUCCACGAUGCUGUCGCUAUUUCACGUGUCCAUGGCUCACCUGAUAUAUUCACAGACUUCACGUAUGAUCCAAACUGGCCUGAGAUAGUUCAGGGUCUUGAGCAUGGACAACAGGCAGUCGAUGAGGCUGAUUUUACUGCUCAAGUGUAUCAACUGAAACUCCUUGAGUACGUGGAAAAAAUUAAGACCGGACAGGUGUUUGGGCCUGUAGUUACUGUCCUCCACUCCGUGGACUUCCACAAGAGGAGUCUGCCCCAUGCACAUAUCCUUGUUUGGCAGGAAAAAGAUUAUGGGCAGGGAUCUGCGUCCACUAAUGUUGAUGAUGAUGCUCUUGCGAUUGCACAUGCUAACGCCAUGGAGGCUGCACUUCGCUGAUUUGGAUCUAACAACUAAAGCCCUGUCCACAAAGACAAGUGAAAACUGCUUUGCCAUUGCUGUUUUCACACGAUUGGCCAAGUUCCCAAAAUAGCCUGUUACUAUGUUUGUCGCAUGUUUGUAAACCAAGUGUUUGGCAACCUCCAAUCAUACAUUCCCUUAUUUAUGAUCUGAAGUAGGCUAUUUUCAUGCUCUAUGAAUAUCGUUAUUAACCC